AUGUCGGAUGUUUCUGACGCCCUCGACCGCGUCCACCCAGACUUUCUUGACUUGUUGAUCCGUCAUGAGCUCCUACCCCCUGAGGGAGACGACGGCUUCUCGGAGCCAUACCUGGCCAGGUUAAUUUCCAUCGCUCUAGAACUUGCAGAGGAUGAUGAGCAGGCUUUCCUGGUCGGUAGAAUUAUUACCGAGGAAGAGUUGGCAUUUGAGCGACUGCGCAGCCCCGAAGUUCGCAAUACCAACCAUCGAAUCGUGCUGGAUCGAACCGAGAGGAGAAUUGUUUUUCGCGAAGCCGCAAAUGACCCUGCACCUGAACAAGGAAAUGGCGAGGACUGCAUGAUCUGUGGCGAUGACGCUCACUUUAGAGCUCUUUGCGGCCACAAUUACUGUUUACCUUGCUACCGUGAAGCUAUUCGAGUCGGUCUUCGUUCCCAAGAAGAGUUUCCGCCGAGAUGCUGCGACCCUAUCACUGAGGAGGGUGUUGCACUUGCACGCGCCCCUGCUUUGGUUCACCUUUUCCGCCAGAUGCGAGAGGAAGCUGAUGUACCGAUCCACGAUAGACUAUACUGCCAUGACGGUAACUGCGCAGCGUUUAUUCCACCUGAUCGUAACGGGCAUUGUUUGUUAUGCGAUACACACACAUGUCGCGACUGCGGUGAGCGAGGCCAUCCAGGCCAGCCCUGCCGAGAGGGAGCUGCCGAGGAAGAUGUCUGGGCCACCAUGGACGAGAACCGGACCGUUAACUGCCCCGGGUGCGGCAGGAUGAUCGAGCUCGCAGAGGCAUGCAACCACAUGACAUGCCCCUGCGGCCAAGAGUUCUGUUUUAUUUGCGGUCGAGUAUGGCAUACCUGCAACUGCCCCGUCUAUGGAGGCUUUCACUUUAUGGUACCCAUGAGGGAUCGUCCAGGUAGGAAGCCGGAGCAGUAUCGUCGUCGCCCACACCCUACUGAGGGGGCAGCAGCGGAUAGGGCUGAUGGAGCGUUGAGGAUUCCACAGCUACGACCUAUGCAGGGUGAGGAAGAGCGUGUUCCGCCCAGAGUCGGGGGACCGCGAAGGGUUAUUCGGCCUCUGGUGUUGCCCCCUCCUGAGGAACCACAAGAACCACAGGAGCAGCGGCGUCGUGGGGAACAUUACGAACAGGAACAUCAGCAUGGUGAAAGACAUCAUCAUGGAGAAAGACGUUAUCACGAUGAAAGGAAUCAAGACGCAUAUGAACGUGAGCGAAAUCGCAGACGAGCCGAAAGACGAGCUGAUGUGCCAAUGGAGCCACGCAGAGUUGAUCCUCUAAUGGUAGGUCGUCCACCCGAUGCCCCUCGCCUACAUAGGGUGUCUAGAAACAGGGCUCACGCGGGAGAUAUGAGAAUAGCUAACCACAUCGUUGAUGUACAGGGUGGAUAUGCGCCUGAAAUACGAAUGGAUCGCCGGCGGGACGAUGGCCGUGCCGCCAUGGAAGCUCUCAUGCCUGGUAUGGGCCGCAUGCAGAUCAACGAGCAGCGCAUUGAGAGACCACCCGCAAGAGAUGAUCGCCGCCUUCCCAGGCUGUAUCGGUAUGAGAUGGAUGCACCUCAAAUAAACUACCAGGGCCGAUUUUACAACGAGAGGGAUGCGCCUCAGAUGAAUGUGCCGCGCCGACCUUAUAACGUGAUGGAUGCACCUCAGAUAGACAGGUCUCGCCGUGAAGCGGCAUACGACGCGAUGGACGCUGAAGCCAGGCGCAUAAACCAAAAUCGGCUACUUGCGAUGAAUCGCGAAGCGGCUCGCCUGGCGGCGCAGGAUCCUCCCCGCCAGCAGGGCAGGAAUCGCCAAGGCCAUUAUAGAGACGAUGUUUAUGGAGAAAUAUUGAUCGAUUCCGACGAUGAUCUAUACGGUGACGAUCGAGGCUACGAUACUCGUCGCCCUCGUUAUUGA